AUGCUCGCAAUCAUUCUUCUUACUCUGCUUUCGCUUUUCACUCCCGUCUUUGGCUUCAACAAGGGUUCUAUCUCCACGGCUCUCUCCAACGCUGUGCCAGCUCUCAUCGUUCUGCUGGUCCUCCUUGUGCUUGCCUCUCCCUUCGCGUACUUCACCGUCCACCGUCUCCGCCUUGAAGUCGACCGUACGCACCGGAAGCUUCGCCAUAGCAAGGCCACCGUCGAAUCUCUUAGUCAUCGCUACAUCCUUCGACCCAACCCAAACAAGUCUCCACAAGAGCAUCCCACCAACACGAUCCUCAAAAAACAACUCGAUGGCUCCCUCGCAACAAUCGACGAGCUCAAGUCUUAUAUUACCACAAUGGCUGCCGCACAGGCACGUACUGCCGACGAUGCACGAAACUUCAAGGAUAUGUUGGACGAGGCAGUCCAGCAGAAGCUUGUCUUCGAGCGGCGCGCGGAAGUCGCAGUUAACUUGGCCAAAACUCAGGCGAAGAAGGCGGAGACUGCUUUGGACAAGGUCUACGAGCUGGAGUGCCGUCUGGAGGCAAGGGAUGCUGAAUUCUACGAUGCCCGAAACCGAGAUAGGAAGGUCGACAGCCUCGAAGGAACGGUAGAGGACCUGAAAGAGGAGAACAAGGUUCUUCGCCAUCUCAUUUGCGAGUAUCAAGUCGCGGGUGGCAAGAGGGCCCACAUCGUCCAAAAACUGGAGAAGAACAAGGUUCAAGCCAUGCGACCGGAGGCCUCCAGCAUCAUUAUCCACGACCUUAACAUCGUCACUGUCCAGAACGAUCUUGACGUCCAGAACAUACAAACAAUUGGAGAAGAAGUCUCCACCAGCAAUAACGCCCUUCUCGCCACAUCUGCUACUAUCGCCACACACGGCAUCAAGCAUAUCGACCCGCCCGCUCAAUCGACUCCGGGACUCAACCAUUCUGCUCCCAUUCACGUUACCCCUUCGGCGUACAUCAUGGUCGAUACACACGUGCAGUCCUCCACCAAGACCCCAGAGAUUCUCGACUUCGAUAUCAGGGACUUUGGCCAAACGUCUCCCAUCUGCACUACGCCCUCGCUCAUCUCUGAUUCCGACAACUACGACUCAAACGACUCUGGCUACGACUCAGAGAGCACCGUCUCUUCGCCUAACUCUCCCACUCCCUCUCUUAUCUCUGACGGCGGCAACUCCAACAUGAACGCCUCGGAUUGCACUUCGUACUCGGAUUCGGACACCCUCACCCCAGAACCGACCUUCACUUCCUUCCUUUCUCCCGCCACUACCAGCAGCGCCUUUACGGACCAUACCCUGCUCAUGACCGCAAAACACCAGUAUUGGAAGACGAUCUGGGCGAUGAAGUCUGCGAGUAUAAAGGGCGAGGCUUGA